AUGGACAAUCAUAUUGAUGAGUCAUCUACAACAACAAAAACAUUUCGUUUUAGUUCAGGUCAACUUGUGACAUUGAAUGAAUAUCAAAUCGGAAAAAUUCCAUAUUUGACUGCAUUAGUCUCUGCUGGGUUUAGUUUCGAUUCAGUCAAAACCGAUGAAGGAUACUAUUUACUUGAUCCUCGCAUCGACUGGCAAGGUUUUCUAUUUAUCCUGGAUUCAAUUUCAUUUCAUUCGAUACGACAAAUAUUUACUCAUCUACCUAAACAUCAUAAUAUUUUGGCUGUUCUUGCUCUUAUGGAUUUUCUUGCCAUGGGACCUGACAGAAAUCCAACUCUUGAAGAAGUCAAUUCGAGUUUCUUUUGGAAUGUCGAAUUCGGUGAAAAAUUAGAUCUAUAUCAAUUUAUUUGUAGACCAUCUGAUAUGCAAGAUAUGGCCGUUCGAUUUGCCAUUGCUAUGACAAAAGAAGAAUAUGAUUUUACAAAUCGUCAAGUGAUCGAUCAGAUCUAUUGGUUCAUCAUGUUUAUUCUUAGUGCUCACGAAUUAUUUGAAACAAAUCUUCGUUAUCAUGUACAUAAAAUUGCUCAAAAUUGCUUUUCUAUAUAUUGUCCAUCUUUAUUAGAAUGUCUCAAUCGACUACAACAAAGAACAGAAAACAAAAUACAUGAAUCAUCGAUCACAACAAGCACUCAUAUUAAUCCUCAUGAAGAAAAAAAGGAUCAAGGAGCAUAUCAUGAUUAG